CCGGUGGGCCAAUGAGGCGCGAGCGGCGUGAAGGAGGAGGAGGAAGAGGAGGAGGAGCGUUUGACCCCAGCCAGGCACGGCACGCGCGCGCUCUCCGCCGGUGCACGGAUUACGGCGUUUUCCCUGCAGCUCCAGCACGAGACGCGUUCGCCUCGCGACUACACUCUGCAGCUACAGAUGAAGUCAACAGAAGUGGAUCAGGGCCUUUUCACGGACACCUACUGCAAAGUGUGCAGCGCGCAGCUCAUCUCCGAGUCUCAGAGAGUGGCACACUACGAGAGUCGAAAACAUGCGAACAAAGUGCGUCUCUACUACAUGCUCCACCCGGUGGACGGAGGCUGUCCGGCCAAGAAACUACGGACACACAACGGCAGCGAGGAAGGUGAUGUGGACAAGAACAAGUGCUGCACGUUGUGUAACAUGUCCUUCACCUCGGCCGUGGUCGCGGAGUCGCACUAUCAGGGCAAGAUCCACGCGAAGAGACUCAAACUAGUACUGGGAGAGCAGCCUGGCAUCAUGGGAAAAGAAGUGACCCCCAGUCCGGUAAAAAAGCCAUCUGAAAGCUGGCCACAGCUAAACGGAGAUUCGGAUCGCUACUGCCAGCUGUGCCACGCGUGGUUCAACAACCCAGGCAUGGCGCGGCAACAUUACGAUGGCAAGAAGCACAAGAAGAACGCAGCACGUGCUGACCUACUGGAGCAGCUGGAGACGCUGAACAUGGGUGAAAUGAAAGGUCUGAAGCGCAGCUACACUUGCGACGUGUGCAGCGUGACUCUCAACUCGGUGGCACAAUACCACGCACACCUGCAGGGCUCCAAACACCAAAACAACUUAAAGAAUCAGUUAUGUGUCCAGUAAAGCCUGCUGCCGGAAGCUAACUGUCAGAUUGAUUGAUGUCACACGGGCUUUGAUCGGCUCGUCCUGAAAUCUCUGCCUCUUCCCUCCAUCCGUCUCUCUUUCUGGAUUUUAUUUACCUUCUUGUCCUUAUCUGUCCAUCCCACUUAAGACCAAACUGAUUUACUUUUUCUAGAUUUGGAUUUCAUCCUUUAUUUUUUUGUCAAUUUAUUUUGAAUUUAAAAAUGCAUCGACUCCACUGUUCAAAUCAUGUACUUGAAAUUAUUUAUGGGAAUCGAAUUGUCUCGUCUUUCUACGUUUCGUCCUACUUUGCGUUCGCUCAGCCAGGUCUUGCCUGCAUGAGUUUUUUUUUUUUCUUUUUUUCGGUUUAGUUUUUCAACCCAGAUAAGCAAUAUGUAAGGAAAAUCUGCCAAAUGUAUUACCGAUUUAAUGGAUUCUGGUUUAAUAGCAACACUGAAAGAGAAAAAAAAAAUGACAAGUAGUACUUUAAAGACAAAAUGUAUGUAGAUCUUAAACUUCUACAACAAGGGCAUUGUGGGUAAUCUGAUAGGAGAUAUGGCCAUAUCAUCAGGGUUCUAAAUCCAAAGAUUUCAAAAGAUCUUUGGCUUUAAUUAAUGGUUUCAAAAAUUGACUCCCUUGUAAACACAAAGUUACUGAUUUUCCCCGAAAUAUAGUUGAUCGACCAACACAUUUGGUGUCAGAUGUUUUUUUUUUUUUUUUUUUGCCCUGGAGCUGCAAGGUUAACCAGUUUUAGUGUAGUUUACUUGCAUGCUAAAGCGAAAUCCAAACAUCAAAACAAUGUUAAUCAACUCGACUUGGGCCAACGAGGAAUCUUUUGAGAUUUAUAAAAAAAAAUAUUGUGAUUGUGAAUUUUUUUUUCUUUUAAUUAUAUACAGAAUAUGCUACAUUUUUAAGUGUGACUAUUAAAUUCUUAUAGGUAUCAAUAAUUAGGGAGAAUUGCAACUAAGAACUGUCAUUUUAUAAUGAAUGAAUUAGAUUAUUUAUUAUUAAAGGGGAAUAAAUAAUAGUAUUUAUUUUUCUUGGCAUUUAUGACUUACUGUGUACGUUCAAAAAGUCAGUUUACGUUGGUUAUGUGUCUGGAGAUUUGUUCUUUUUUUUUUUUUAUAAUGUUUAUUUUACUAUAAACAAUGGAUGCAUUAUAUAAUAUUGAGUGAUUUGAGAUUUUAAAGGAAAAGUUCAGAAAAAAAAAAUACACAUUUUUUUAGCAUGUCUACAGCAGACGUCCCCCAUAACAACCAGGUUACGACUCAGUACAAAGCCAUGGAUGAGUCGCAAGAACAUUCUGGAGCAAAUAUCUAUAGAUUAUCCAUAAUAUAUCCAUUUCAUGAAACAUAAUUUCCAUUCUUGGUGCAGGUUCAGCAAAUUAUAAACAUGAGUAUUAAACAAACAUCCCUGGAAAGUUUUCUGAAAAAGGAGGGAAAAAAAAUGCCUCAUAUCUAAAAAUACCAUUUUAUCUCUAUAGGUUGUUUAAAUGCUCCGAAUCCCUUGUGUGUUAUGUGGAAAUACAUUAGCUAAUGAGUCAGUGAAGCUCUUAAAAUUACAGUUUGAACAACUCCCAACCUUGUACUGGUUAACAGUGUGGAGAUCCUUAGUCCAAAUUCCUGGAGGUGUUUGGCGGAAGACCUUUACAGGAUAAAUUAGAUAUGUCGGAUAAAAAACUUUGAGCUGAUGUUAAACAAGUUCUGGCUGAUUAAUUACGAAGCUGUAAAAAAAGUGUACGUUUACUGAACUAUUCCUUUAAGAUACUUCAUCUCUUUAAUGUUAGAAAAAAAAAACAUUUAUAAUAAGAUUUGAUAUAAACAAUGCCAAUUUUUAGCACAAACAAAAACGUCUGAGUAAUUCGGUUUUGCUCAUUGUCACACUGAAGCUGUGUGAGCGGUGUCAUUCCAGUAUCAAGAGCAAGCUUCAUAUCUGCCUGAACACACUCCCUCCUUGUGCUAAAGGACCAUGCGAUCGACUGUAAAUAUCAAAUAAAAAGACGCUUGCAGCCCUCA